GAUAAAAUGUUUUUCACAAUGCUCUGCUUGCCAAUAAAAUAAACUAAAACUUAACGUAAAUGUUCAGUACGCUCAUGCAUAAUGCAUAAUGAAUUACAUACGCAAGCUCUCGUUCCCUUUCGCGCGCUUUCGGGCUAAAAUCCGAUGGCCAAUGGCGACGCCCCUCCCAUUUGUUUGCAAGUCAUAUGUCUGGCGAAAACGCAACACCCUGCCUGGCCUGCCUGCGAUUUUCGUUCUUCGAGGCCGAGACAAACUGCGUCGAGAAUCCUGCGUUCGGACAGCAUGCGUCUUAAGUCGUGAGCGGUGUCCGGAAGCAGGAUGGCGUCGACCAAGGUACCCGAGCAGAAGGUGAUCCUCUGCGGCGAGUACGGCGUGGGCAAAAGCUCGCUGUUCCGGCGAUACGCGGCCAACACUUUUGUCAACUCGAGCGACCGCCAGUCGACCCUCGGCCUCGACCACUACGAGCGCCAGUACAAAGUUAACGACAAGUUCAUCAAGCUCCAAUUGUGGGACACUGGUGGCAUGGAACGUGUCGCCUCCAUCACGUCCAGCUACUACAAGUUCGCCGAAGCAGCCAUCCUCGUCUUCAGCUUGGACAACCCUGCCUCAUUCCACGUGCUAUCUCAACAUCUGCUGGACAUUGUCACCUAUGCGGAAAAUGCCAAGAUCUUUCUCUGUGGCAACAAAUCAGAUCUAGGAACCCAGGUCACCGAGCAAGACAUGGAGACCUUUUGUGAGCAGUGCCACAAUUUAGUGUCCGCCACGUACCGGACCUCUUGCAAAACGGGCCAAGGGGUCGAAGAAAUGUUUUCGGACAUCGCGCAGCACCUUGUCCAAGCCAAUCGAUCACGGCUCGAGCUGCAAGCAAUGGACACAGACAGCUUCAAGAUCACACCUCCAGGGCCGGAGCCUGCCGACCCCUCUUGUUUGUGUUAGUGAUAAUCCAAUAUUUCCUCGUCUCAAGAGCAUUUAUCGAGUGACGUAGUGAGCGUCACAAAAAUAUCAAGCAGAAGUUAUAUUGAGAGAGUAAAAGUUGCUUAGUCGUGUACCAUUUUUUUUUUACUUCUCAUGAUUCGUCUCAUGGACUCAGCUACUCAUUUGUACUACCAAGUUUUCAAAUUUUCAACAAAGUCAUUGUGUGGUUGGGCUCUCAGCUCAAACGUCUGAAAGUGAAUGUGGUGUGGAACUUUGUGCGAGACACUGACAUUGAAGUUGAUCGGAUAAAAAAUAUUAAAAUAUUGAUUGGUAAUUUGUUAUUGCUAAUUUGUUGCUGAUGUGCUUUUUUAUGAAAACCUACAUGAGAUUCAUUGCUUUUAAAAGAAUUAAAAACAUAUUAAACAAAAUAAAUCAUUCAUCUAUCGCCU